AUGUCUAUGUUAGCUGAACCACGGCGAAAACAGAAAAUAAUCAAUCUCCGCGCUAAAAAUAAUGCGUGGAGCAAUGAUACAAACAAGUUUGGACAACGCAUGUUGGAGAAAAUGGGUUGGAGUGCUGGAAAAGGGUUAGGUGUAAAAGAAAAUGGAAUAGUUGAACAUGUGAUCGCUAAAUACAAGAAUGAUGACAAAGGUCUUGGUUAUGAAGAUAAAAAUGACCAGUGGACCAAGCAUGACGACGAUUUCAAUGCUUUAUUAGCGAAUUUAUCAAAUGAUAAAGAUGAGACUAAAGAAGUCUUGCAUAGUGGAGUUUCAUUAGAAACUAAAUCAAAGAAAAGUAAAGCACGUAUACACUAUCAUAAGUUCACUCGAGGUAAAGAUUUAUCAAGGUACAGUGAGAAAGACCUUGCCAAUAUCUUUGGAAAAAAAAGCUUCAAGGAAGAAACCGUUCUAGAUAUUGGCAAGGAAGAAAUAGAAUCAACUGAGAAAGUCUUUACUGAAAAGGGCAGCAUGGAAGAUUAUUUUAAAUCAAAAAUGUCUGCUUUGAAGUCAAAAAUAAUAUCAAGUGAUGUGAACUGUGAUGAAAACACUGAUUGUCCAGAUUUUGUAUUCCAAGGGUUUUCUUGCACAAAAGAAGAUGGAGAUAAUAUAGUAGAGGAAAAAGAAUCCUUAUUUUAUAAUAAUUCUGAUAAAAAUAAUGAACAUGUUCAUGAUGAUAGAGAAGAAAAAUCAACUAAAAAAAAGAAAAAAAGAAAAAGUAAAAAAGAAAUCUCUAGUCAAGAUAAUACCGAGAGGGAAUAUUUUGUUCCUCAAGGUUCUAAUGAUAAACAAGACAAAAUCUUUUCAAGUGACUCCCUGAAUGAAUUGGAGGAUACAGUUUUGUUAAAAAAGAAGAACAAACGUAAAUCAAAGAAAAAGGAUAAAAAAGCGGAUUUAUUAGACGUUUCGGAACAAAUACUAGCUGAUAGUAGUGUCAAAGAUAAUCCUUUGCCUAAGAAGAAAAAGAAGAAAAAUAAAGAAUUUUAA